CAUUGCCCGACUUUCAGAUAAAUGAAUAUAUUGUCCUCUCUUACGACUCAUAUGCUGCCGAGGUAGCAUCGUCUGUAGUAGUGAGAAGCGCAUGGACUGUAGCACGGUCCCACGUCUAUAUUACCAAGCAUCCAAGCAUGCUAUAUUCCACGAAUCAGUUCAAACGCCCUCCCUCUCAAACUGUGCCGAUCCGGCCAGUCCCGGAUCAUCAGAGGGAUGCUUCACUAGCUGGUAUAAAGAGUUCAGUUCUUGCAUGAUGCGCCGUAACCCCGCAAAACACCGUAGCUAAAAUAGACUCCGUAUACCGUCCGUACUCUUUUAGGAUAAA